CUUUCACUUCGCACUCUCCUCCACCAACGAUCACAGCGUCGAGCAAACAUGAAUGCCAUUCAGACGCACUUCUGGGCGGUAAGGGACUAUCUAGCUCCCGUCCUCCGGGAAUCCAAGUUCAAGGAGCACGGCAGGAUCACGCCAGACGAAUUUGUAGCCGCCGGUGAUUUCCUAGCCUACAAGUUCCCCACCUGGUCGUGGUCCUCGGGCGACGCAUCAAAGACGCGCGACUUCCUGCCCAAGGACAAGCAAUACCUCGUAUCAAAGGGAGUGCCAUGCCUGCGCAGAGUCAGUCAGAUGGAAAGAGCAGCCUUGGGUACCAAGAGGAAGGGAGCAGCCUCAUCUUCAACUGCGCAGACUGACGAAAGACUACUCAGCUUCGCCGAGGGAAAGGACGGCAUCGACGUCACUGGAGCAGGAGGAGAAGAUGAUUGGCUGGCCACGCAUCUUGACGAUGAGGGUCAAGGGGCGUCAAAUGCUGAGGUGGGCGAGAUUGAGGACAUGCCAGACGCACCACCAGAAGCCGACUCGCUCACGGCUGGUCAAGAGGACGAUCUGGCAUCUCGCAUCGCAGGCACUUCGUUGGGCGACGAUGACGACGAUCGCGAUGAUGGUGGAGAGGUUGGCGAUAUACCAGACAUGGACGACGAGGACGAGGAAGCCAUGGCAGGUGCAGGCGUUGUGGAGCAUGAAGACCCCUCAGCGCUGGCUCCCCCGCCGAAAGCGGCUCCAACUACAUCAGCCGGAGGCAGCAACAUUCUCUCCGUCCGUACCUACGACUGUCUCAUUAGCUACGACAAGUACUAUCAAACCCCGCGCAUGUGGCUGGUUGGCUACGAUGAGCACGGCUCGCCGCUUAAGCCCGCGCAGAUCUUCGAGGACAUCUCGUCGGACUAUGCGCAAAAGACGGUCACCAUCGAGCCUUUCCCGCACUCUGCGACGCUCAACACGGCGAGCGUCCACCCUUGCAAGCACGCCAGCGUCAUGCGCAAGGUGAUCGAACGAAUGGACGCUAGCGUCAAGGAGGAGCAAAAGCGACUAAGGACCAAGCAACAGCAGGGUGGUGAAGGCGAGGAGGCAUCAGUCGAUGACGCCGCGGCGCCUACGUCGAGUACCAAGAAGAAGAAGUGGGGCCUCGGCGGCGCCAUGAAGAAGGUCGCCAAUCGUUCAACGAGCAGCGCGGCCGUUGCCACAUCGGAUAGUUCAGAUUCGCCCGGUGAUGCGACAACCAGCCUCGUCGAGGUAGAAGGGCUGCGAGUCGACCAAUACCUCUUGGUCUUCCUCAAGUUCAUGGCUAGCAUCGUGCCUGCCAUUGAGAUUGAUGCAACGCAGAGCUUUUGAGCGCGGCACUACCACUUCAUUGCUUUUUCAUACCCACCCUCACUUCAGUCAAUGCAUGUCCUGCUCGUGA